AUGGCGGAUGAUGUUUUGGCAGAGAAAGUGUUCAAUUAUAUCUGCGGUAGUGGCGGUUUUGUACAAUUAUCUGUUCUUUUAAAGCAGUCCUCGCCCUUGGGAAGUAGGAAAUCAGAGUUUGAAGCGAAAACCUGGCUGGUGAGUCAGGCUGAUAAGCGUUUAGUCGUCGUGAAAGAUUUCAAUGGCGAGAUAGCAGGUGUGCGAAUUGAUUUAGGAAGAAAAAUAUGUCGACAAUAUCACGACAAAGGUUCUUGUCGAAGUGCUCAUGGGAAGUGUAAGUUCUGGCAUAUUUGUAAAGGAUUCAUCGAAGAAAACUGCGAUGGCAAAUGCAACCGUUCGCACAAUUUUCUUGACGAAGAAAACCACAAGAAGACAAACGAAUUGGGACUGGCCAAACAUCCGAACGAGACUAUAAGACGUUUUGUUUUCUGGAGCCUGCCACAGGUUUGCAAGCUGUACACAAGAGGUAUAUGUACGUUGGAUUCAUGCUUAUAUCUUCAUCUUUGUUCUCAAGCUGUCCGAGGUUCAGCGUGUUCUUGUUCUUUGUCACACAACCUCACGGAUUCUCACAACAUGAAGAUUCUUCAACAGUAUGAUCUGGUGCGUCAUCAGUCGAUGUCAACAGUUUUUGUUCGGUGCAAUAUUUUGGUUCCGAAGGAGCAGCGUGUUCUUCACAAAGCUCAUGACUUUUUACCCUGUGUUUGCAACGUAGGUAAAAAAUCAUCUUAUGAAGCGAUGGGAGUCAUACAAGGUACUGACACACCAUCGCUGGAAGCGUCCGCACCAUACAGACACGAAACUCCAAAAUCUCCGUUUCAAAGGAAAGUUGUGGAGCCUACCAAAGUGAGCAAGAAAGAUCAGCAUAUGUCAUCGAAAGUGGGCGUGGCUGCAAGUGCCACUGCUCAGCCGGCUGAGGUUAAAGUCUUCGAAUACCUUUGCACCGAGUACGAUUGCUCUGCUUCUCUUUCGGUGAUUUCCAAACGAACAGAUUUGUUCCCGUCUGAAUUUAAGGAUGUAGAAGCUUGGUUUCGAAGCAAGAAUGGGAGUUUUCUCACUACAGAAGACGAUCACGGAAAGAUAACCCAAGUGGACGCUUACUCUACCAAAGCACGUUUAUGUCUCAGUUACAAUAACUCUUAUUAUGGGGAGUGCAAUAGAAGGAACUGUUCCUACUUGCACGUCUGUAGAGAGUACAUAACCGAUUCCUGUAGCAACGGAGCAACGUGCCCGCGGAAUCAUCACUUCCAAGAUGACAGAGAAAGAGCUCUGUUGUCGAAGAUUAGGCUUGAUAAAUUAACAGAUGAGCAACUUAGGAAGCUCGUGCUUUUAUCUACUCCCCAAAUCUGUGUAGAGUACAACAAUGGUUGGUGUGAUCUUGGUGAGUCGUGUUCUAAAAUACACAUGUGUAGAGAACAUUUGAAAAAGUGUUUUAGAAGGGAAUAUGGCUGUAACUUACUUCAUGAAGAAGCCAUGAACACUGAACACACCCAAGCAAUUCUUGAACGUUUUCAGCUAGGACACCAUAAAUCAGACCUGGUAAAGAAAAUUAUUCUUGUUUGUGAUCAGCGCGAGAAAUCCGCGUGUUCAAAAGAAAAAACUACAGGUAAGUAAUGUAAAAUUCUGUCAUCCCUACGAUAUCUCUAAUUUUCGAUUUAACAAGCAUUUUCCGUGGUUCCAACGUAUAAUGCUAAAAGCGUAGUAGUCUACAAGGUCCACAGUUAGGUAGUUUAAUGCUGCGAUUUUCGAAACCCGGGGUACAAGAAGCUUUACUUUUACUCAAAACAGUAAGCUUGAACAUCAUGAUUUUAGCGGAAAGGGAAAAUUUAGCUUUAGAUAUAACACAAUGAAAGUGUUUAAAAGAGGGAAGCUGCCGAUGGAAGACGGAGAGCUAAGACGGGUGUUGAAAAAUUUCUACCCUGGCCGAAGGUUUAGAAAGUAAGAUUUUCCGUGACCGUUUUGAUCGAGAACGGUAAGACGGAAAACCAGUCUGACAAAAAAUAAAAAAAUGAAAAUGAAUGAAUAUAAAUACAAAUAAAAAUUGUUAUCAUAUAUAUAAAUACUGCAUGAUAAUGCCUCAAUCAGUCAGUGGAACAAAUUUUAAUCAUUACUGAACGAGCGACCAUUUCUCUCUCUUUUUUACUCAAGGCUUUCUGACAAGACACAUUCUCGUAAACAGGCCAGAUGCAACCAUUUGCGCAGAGUUUAUUCUUAGCAAAUGUAAGAAUGGUUCUAAGUGUACAGGCCAUCACUGCUUUUUGCCUUACCAUUGGCAAUAUAGGGAUGCGGGUGAAUGGAAGAGUUUUAAUGAGAAAGACAACGAGAGGAUAGAAAAACUGUAUUGCGACGUGACAAUGGAUGUCAUUGAAUGUUAUGCUGAAGGGAUGCAAAUAUCAUUUGAAAGGUAUGUUAUAGUAAUUAUGUACUGAGAAUCUUGUCAAAUUAAUGGAUUUUCACUCAUUUACAGUUACAAUAACUAGACACCAGAGGGUGUAUACUGGGCUGCCAUAAAACCUAGACUAGAUAGCAAUUAUGUAUUGUAUGAAAACGAGAAUUUUACUACAACAGACAGCUGACAGCGUAUGAAAGGAAGAAGUCACCCUGCUAAACCCAUUCCCAUGCCGGACGCCACCCCAACCCACGGGUCUCAUUAAACUGUUUCAAUUGAAACUUUUAAUAAAUUAAUGAAAAUGAUAAUUGAUGGUUGAUACAAAGCAAGCUAGGUGGGUGUACCGUGUGGCACGAAAUUUUUGCGGCUGUUUAUUUUUGCGGAUUGGGCAUUUUUUCUGUUUCGCUUAAACUAAUUUUUGCGACUAGGUGUUAUGAAGCAAGAGUGGUGUAGCGUGAUUGGGAGAUGGCGUGAUUUUACUCCUUUUAAACUUUGUUCCUAGUAAUAGUUUCCCUCGUCUGUCAGAUUUUACUGAUUGCGGGGUUAAACAUUCGAAAUAUUCACUUAAUUAACAACAUAACUGAGCGAAAGAGAACUUGCUCACAGAUCGGAUUAAAAACUAAAGCUUAUAGAUUCAAGAAAGUCACGAUUUCCGGUAAUGUGUGAGCGAGCCAUUGUACUGUGAGGAUUGAAGCUGUGAAGUAGACCCUGUUUUUUCCUAAAACUGUGAACGGCUGUACGGCCGUACGACACUCACGGCACUAGGACACAUCGGUUUUUCUUGCUGAGAAUUAAUUUUCAAAAAGUACCCAGUACCCAGCAUUGAUAAUAUUUUCGUUUUUGUUAAGUACGUGCAAUCAGGGUGUAAUAAAAAUACAGAUUUUCAAACAGUACUACGGUAUGCGUACAUUAUGUAAAAUCAAUUCAUUGUAUACCGUUUUGUUUCUGAAUUGAAGAGGCGAGUUGUAAUUGAACAGACACGAUUUCUUAGUGCUGUAUAUUUGUGUAGUAAAUUUUAGUCAGAAUAUAUUUAAUACUCUGGAGUAAAGUUUUGCAGGAAAAAUGUUUUCGUUAAUUUGGCGGGGGGGGGGGGAGGGGGGGGGGGGAAUUAUUUUAGCGGAUCGCUGGAAAAAACGCGAAAAUCGUAAGAAUUAAAACCCGCAAAUAUUUCGUGCCAAACGGUAUCUCUAGUUUAUCUGAACUUUUUUUGUUUUGUCGACAGCUUGUCUUUAUAUUUGAGGAAGACAAUAAAAAAAAUCGUCCGUUCGUAGGGGAUCAAGCUUCAGCGCAUCUGAAAUAUUCUUUAAUCGCGUGCAAUCACCCAUUGAGCUAUAGUUAGAGCGGCGCAGAGAGUUAAAUAGUCUAAACUGAACCAAACUCGUUCGACAUGGACAGAGUUUUUAAGCGAAGAAAAGUUUUUUUUUAGUUUAUCAGUAGUAUUUUUAUAGACUGCGAACCGACUGGAUGAAAAUGAACUCAUUCAAUUUUUUGAACUAUCACAGAAGGGACGUCUGUACACAGGCUAGCGUGUGCAUAAGAUAAGAGUGUUCAUUCCGGAGGUCAUAUAUGGCGCCAGGAAUGGGCUCCUGAUGGCGCUUUUUUUCCCGGGGGGUACUCCACAUAAUGAGCUAUAUGGAGCGGAGGCUCCGCGCGAAAGGGGUACCUUUUUUAGGCUUCAGGUAUUCAACAAAAUAGAGAUUUCACUGGCUGAAGUAUAUGAAAGGGUAGGAAAAUACGUCAUUUCGGUCAGUAAAAAGGCCCAAAAGGACUAGGCUCACGAUCACGUUGUUUAUGUUUCCUAGGAAGAAAACAUACUUUGCAUAGCAAGAUCUUAUAUCUUCUUUCACCAUUGCUGUUACCUCGGAACCGUUGCAAACAUUUCCGGUCAAUUGAUUUGUUUUACAUAUAUUGAAAUAACAACAGCUUCUGUAUAAAUAUCUACAUACGGCAUUAGAAGUCCGAUCACUAAAUACGCGAUUUCAAUAAUUGAAUAAAUGAUAAUAAAAACAACUUGAAAGAUAAAAUCAAUGAAAUCAAUACAAAAACUAAAUGUAAAAGCAAGGAUAUUGUUACCUAAAAGCUGGCUUUUGAGGUACUGAAUUUUUCCAUAAGGCUGUUGUGUUGAUCAAAAACACUGUUGAAUUUCACUGAUCCAGUUGCUCGUAAUGUUUACGUAAGGAAUAGUUUGAGUUUAACAGUUAAUUCGAGGGAUUCUUUUAGCGCUUCUAACUCAGUAGGUAGCUCACUUACUGUACAAGGUUUCCUGAUAAAGACACACUCGGAAAAGUUCGCUUGUAAAUGGGUCUGUCGCAUAGUAUAGUUCAUGAACUAUACCGCUUCCAAAAUGUACUCUUGUUGCCAUCUUUCAGACUGUGGGCUAACCAUCAACAGCGUUUACAUUCGUAUGUCUGUUUUGUAUGCUUCCACCGGAUUGCUAAUAGCUUUGAGUCCCUUCGAGCUCCUCGGAAUGUACUCUGCUGAAGUCUGCUGAUCUAUUCUACGCAUUCUACGCGUACACUUAUAUCUUGCGCACGCGUUGAACACGCCAUAGUGCGAUUUGUGCCAGGAAAAACCAAGCCCAAUUUAUAAUUGGUUGUGCCACAGGCAGCCCAGU